GGCGGUGGACGUUGCUCUUCCUCGUGGACGUGCGCGAAUGGAGGGAUGCGAUGGGGGUGGCCGUGCUGUGCUGUCGCCAACGGAGAGGACAGCUGUCGCGGCGGCUGCCGUUGCCGUAGUCCGUCGAUACGAAGUGGAGAGGGCGGCGGGCCGCAUGAAGGCAGCGCUUUCCAGGCGGCGACACAGGCUUCUGCUGCAGAGGGUGUUGGACGCCCCCGACUGCAUCACGACUUCAGAGGCCGUGGUUCAGCUGUGCGCUGCAAUCGGCUCCGGUGUGCUUCCCAGGGCGACGCCACGUUGGUGGAUGAGGCGGAAAACUGGCGGGACUUGGGAGGAUUUGCGGGUGUGCGAUGACGUGACGGAUGACUACUUCCGGGAAAAGCUCCGCAUGUCGAGGAGAGUGUUCAUGGAGAUCACUCGAAGCCUGUGCGCCUCAUUUGCAACGACAGGUCACGUUUUACAGGGAGCCGCUUCAGCCGGAGCAGAUCGUCACGUCUACGGGGACAAGAUAUCGUGGCCGACGGGGGUGCGCAAACACGUGGUGCUACGGGCGUUUCAGGACAAGGGCUUUCCCAACUGCCAUGGCGCAGUUGACUGCACACACAUCUACGUGGACAAACCGGCGAACGCUCCGAGCGAGAACUACUUCGACCGCAAGCACCGUUUCUCCGUCAUUGCGCAGGUGGUGGUGGACCUAAAUCUGCGUGUGCUUGACGUCUUCGUUGGCUACCCGGGCAGCUGCCACGACAUUCGGGUGAUCCAGCUGUCAAGUCUGUCGAGGCGCGCGGAAGAGGGAACGCUUUUUCGAGGGCCGCCUGUAACGCUGCCGGGAGGGAUGAGGACGAACGGAUAUAUCUUGGGCGACAAUGGGUAUCCUCCUUCCGAAUGGAUCGUGGUGCCGUACGGAGGAAUCAAUCAGCACCCGGACGAGGAAAGGUUCGACAACAAACAGAAGGUCGCUAGAGGUGCUGUGGAGAGGGCGUUCGGGAGGUUGAAGGGGAUGUGGAGGCUCUUCCUGCGGUCGCACAAGACGAACUUGGAUACUCUACCGCAGCAGUUCAUGGCUGUCUGCGUUCUCCACAACAUCCUACUAGAUGCUGGAAUCGAGUUCGACGAGAACUUGUUGUGGGAGGUCGACGAGAACGGGGUGAGGCGGCGAGUGGACCUGGGGAUUCAUCGUCCACUGCAGCCAGUGACGAUGCUGACAUCGACGCACGCCGCACACGCGCUCCGCAAUGCCCUAGCGGAGCGAAUGAAACACAUCUGAUCGUGCGUGUCGCGCCACUCUGCCUCGCCUACACAAACAGAAGCCGUGUGCGUCUGUCGUGGAGUCGCAGCGCUUGCGUCAUUC